AUGCUCAGCUCGUGGGGCUUCACAAAAGCACUGGGGUUGGGCUCCCUGCUCGGCUGCUCUAUCGAUGUAACUAGUGUGUAUGAAACGGAGGCGUUGACCAGUCUGAAGCUGGUGAAAGGACAUGCGUACUCCAUCACUGGCGCAGAGGAGGUUCAUUAUUUCGGGCGUCCGGUGCAGCUGGUGCGUAUGAGGAACCCGUGGGGUAAGAUGGAGUGGACAGGUGCAUGGAGUGAUACAUCCAACGAGUGGAAUUAUGUCCAACCGGAGGAGAAAGCUAAAUUGAAUUAUUCAGCUGAAGAUGGAGAGUUCUGGAUGGCAUAUUCAGACUUCAUAAAGCACUUCUCAGAGUUGGAGAUCUGUAAUCUAACCCCAGACACUCUGACCAGUGAUGAGGUGGGCCAUUGGAACUACUGUCAGUUUGAAGAAAACUGGAGGGUGGGCUCCACGGCAGGGGGCUGCAGGAACAACCCGGCUACAUUCUGCUCGAACCCUCAGUUUGUGAUCAAACUGGAGGAUGUGGACGACGAUCCUUUUGAUGGAGAGGAUGGCUGCACUUUGCUAGUGGGACUGAUGCAGAAAGAUGGACGUAAAGACAAACGCUUUGGACGGGACCUGAAUACCAUUGGCUUUGCCAUCUAUGAGGUUCCAGAUAAGUACAAAGGUCGCAAUAAUAUUCACCUUGGCCCUGACGUGCUCCUCUACAAAAAUUCCGUGGCAAAGAGCUCCUUCAUGAACACGCGAGAGAUGAGCGGGCGGUUUAAACUGCCUCCGGGGGAAUACGUCAUCAUCCCCUCCACAUUUGAGCCCCAUCAAAAGGGAAGUUUCAUCCUACGCGUGUUCACAGAGAAAGAAGUGGCCGCCAGCCCAAUGGAUGUUGAUGUCACUGCGAAUUUGAAAAAGGAUAACAUAUCUGAGAGUGACAUGGAUUCUAAGUUAAAAGGCCUUUUUAUGAAGAUCGCUGGAAAUGACUCAGAGGUGUCUGUGGUGGAACUACAGAAGAUACUGGACAUUUUUGCAUCUGAGAGAACUGAUAUAAAGACCGAUGGAUUCACUCUUGAAACGUGUCGCGACAUUGUCAGCCUUCUAGAUAAAGAUGGCAGUGGCAAACUUGGCCUGGUGGAGUUUUACACCCUGUGGAUAAAGAUCCAGAGAUAUUUGGAAAUUUUCAAGAGCCGUGACACAGACAACUCGGGCACUAUGAGUUCUCAUGAGAUGAGAGAUGCAGUGAAAGAAGCAGGGUUCCAGGUGAACAGUGAAAUACUUCAGGUGAUAAUCUCGCGUUAUGCCAACCAGCAGUAUGCCAUUGACUUUGAUAGCUUUGUGG